AUGCCCGAAUUCAAACUCAAGAAUCUACAAUCCCUCACCCUCCCCCCAAACUCCAAAACCGAAUACGAAAUCGAAGGUCUCCCAGAAACCAAGAUCCUCCUCGUCAACGCCAACGACAAAAUCCACGCCCUCAGUCCUCGCUGCACGCAUUAUGGGGCUCCGCUUGUGAAUGGCGUUGUUGAGGGGGAAAGGAUAACAUGUCCUUGGCAUGGGGCCUGCUUCAACAUCUCAACCGGCGACGUCGAAGACGCACCCGCCCUAAACUCCCUGCACAAAUUCGAGCUCAUCGAAAAGGAAGACGGGGUAUAUAUCCGCGGCGAGGAGGCGGAUAUUAAAUCCGGUUCUCGGAAUCCGGUUUCUGGAUGUACAGUUUCGAAGGAGGAGGAGCAUGUCGUUGUUGUUGGAGGAGGAAGCGGCACACUAGGCCUCCUCCACAGCCUCCGAGCGCAAAACUACCCGGGCAAAAUAACAGUGAUUAGCAAAGAAUCACCCAUCGCAAUUGACCGGCCCAAACUCUCCAAGGCACUCAUCGCCGAUGCUUCGAAGAUUGCCUGGCGCGACGCCGCCUGGUUUAAAUCCGCUGCCAUUGAUAAUGUUACGGAUGAGGUUACGCAUGUUGACUUUGCCGCGAGGAAGGUUAGCACUUCCUCAGGAAACAGUUAUACAUACACGAAGCUCGUUCUUGCGACGGGUGGUACUCCCCGGACUCUUCCUCUCUCGGGGUUCGAGUUGGGGAAUGUAUUCACGCUCCGCGGUGUGGAUGAUGCCCAGGCUAUCCUCGACGCAACGAGCACUCAAUCCGAAGGAGAAAAGAAGAACAUCGUCGUGAUAGGCAGCUCAUUCAUCGGGAUGGAAUUGGCCAAUGCGUUGGCAAAACACAAUGUUUCUGUCGUCGGCAUGGAGUCAACUCCACUUGAGCGCAUCAUGGGAACGGAAGUGGGGAAGAUAUUCCAAGCAAACCUCGAGAAUAAUGGGGUGAAAUUCUACCUCUCUGCCUCUGUCUCGCACGCCAGUCCUUCCAGUGCUUCGCAAGGCAAAGUCGGGGCGGUCCACCUAAAAGACGGCACAACCCUCCCAGCCGACGUGGUCAUCCUAGGUGUCGGCGUGCGCCCCGCCACAGAUUUCCUAACGAACAACAACGGAAUAGCCCUAGAAAAAGACGGAUCGAUACUCACGGAUGAAAACUUCGCGAUCCCCUCGCUGCCGGACGUCUUCGCCCUCGGGGAUAUAGCUACGUACCCGUAUCACGGGCCUGGUGGUGAGGGAGCGAGUGUGCGGAUUGAGCAUUGGACUGUUGCGCAGAAUGCGGGGAGGGCUGCUGGUCGUGCUAUCGUUCACGCUCUCAAGGGUCAGGAGAAGCUCAAGCCAAAGAGGUUUAUACCCGUCUUCUGGUCUGCGCUUGGGGGGCAGAUGCGGUAUUGUGGGAAUACGGUGAAUGGGUAUGAUGAUGUAUACAUCACUGGGAAGCCGGAGGAGUCGAAAUUUGUUGCGUAUUAUUUCCGUGGGGAAGUUGUUGUUGCUGUUGCUACUAUGGGGGUGGAUCCGGUUAUGGCUAAGUGUGCGGCGUUGAUGCGGGUUGGGAGGAUGCCGGGAAAGAAGGAGGUGCUUGGUGGGGUGGACGUUCUGGGUCUUUAA